CCCUCAGCCCCGCGGCCGCAGCUUUACAUGUGGUACACAUGAAAAUGAGGCUGAGAACGCGGAAGGCUUCUCAGCAAUCAAAUCAAAUUCACACGCAACGGGCUUUGAGGGCAAAGAGGAAACAUUCGGAGGUGGAAGAGAGCUUACCUGUUGGCGGAGGAAAACCACAGAAAAAUGAAACUGGCUUGUUGUCUUCAAUCAAAAAGUUUAUUAAAGGAAGCACACCGAAGGAAGAAAGAGAAAAUCCUGCAAAAAGAAGUAGAAUUGAACGUGAUAUAGAUAACAACUUGAUUACAUCCACACCUCAAACAGGAGAAAAGCCUAAUAAACAGAUCUCUCGAGUAAGACGGAAAAGUCAAGUGAAUGGAGAAGCUGGAAGUUACGAAAUGACAAACCAACAUGUAAAGCAAAAUGGGAAAUUAGAAGAUAAUCCUACCACUGGCAGUCCCCCACGAACUACGUUACUGGGGACCAUAUUUUCUCCUGUCUUCAAUUUUUUUUCACCAGCAAAUAAAAAUGGAACGUCAGGAUCAGAUUCUCCAGGACAAGCUGUUGAAGCUGAAGAAAUAGUCAAACAGCUUGAUAUGGAACAGGUAGAUGAGAUUACUACAAGUACUGCAACAUCAACCAAUGGAGCAGCUUACACUAGCCAAGCAGUGCAGGUCAGAUCUGCUGUUAACAAUGGUUUAGAAGAAGUAGAGGAAACAAACGAUCGUGACCUGCCACCACUUACAGCACCAGUAUCUCCGGACAGUGGCUACUCAUCAGCUCACGCAGAAGCCACCUAUGAAGAAGACUGGGAAGUCUUUGAUCCAUACUAUUUCAUCAAACAUGUUCCGCCAUUAACAGAAGAACAACUUAACAGGAAGCCAGCUCUUCCACUGAAAACAAGAAGCACACCAGAAUUCUCAUUAGUUCUAGACUUGGAUGAAACGUUAGUGCACUGUAGUCUAAAUGAAUUAGAAGAUGCUGCACUCACUUUUCCAGUUCUUUUUCAAGAUGUCAUUUACCAGGUCUACGUCCGGUUAAGGCCAUUCUUCCGAGAAUUCCUGGAACGUAUGUCUCAGAUUUAUGAGAUCAUUCUUUUUACUGCUUCUAAGAAGGUGUACGCAGACAAGUUACUGAACAUACUAGACCCUAAAAAGCAACUGGUCAGGCAUCGACUUUUCCGUGAGCAUUGUGUUUGUGUACAAGGAAAUUACAUAAAGGAUUUAAACAUUCUUGGCAGAGACCUUUCAAAAACGAUCAUAAUUGACAAUUCACCGCAAGCCUUUGCCUAUCAGCUUUCAAAUGGAAUUCCUAUAGAAAGCUGGUUCAUGGAUAAAAAUGACAAUGAACUCCUAAAAUUGAUUCCAUUUCUGGAGAAACUUGUAGAGCUGAAUGAAGAUGUCCGACCUCACAUCAGAGACAGAUUUCGCUUGCAUGACUUGCUACCCCCAGAUUAAAGCCUUUUGUCUACUUACUGAAGGGGGAGAAAAUGCAGGACCCUUUUGGACUAAAACAAAACAUUGCCAUUACUGUUGAAAUUUUGCAUUUUUGUACCCCGUCUUGCUUUUCUUAUCUUUGGUGCCCAACAAUAAUCAAGGGUUACAGAAAGAGACUUUAUAUAUCUGAGAUUGAAUACAUACAGUACAAUACAGUACAACACAGUAGGUAGGCUAGAACAGAAAAGUCUUUAGAACUAGUGCAACUCCGAUGAAUUUUUUUAUGUACAGGACAUCUGCAGUUUAUAAAGAAUUCUGUUUCUGCCACCAGCAGUUUGACCUGUAGAAACACAGGAUUUUAUGAUAUAACAGAGAUUGAAAAUGGACUCUUAUUUUCUCUCUGUUCGGUGCUCUAAGUGGGUUUGUAGCCACUUUUCUGUUACUUUAAGAUUCUCAUUUCAACAGGAAUGGCCAGUAAAAGUUGUUUUAUUUUUCCUGUUAAGGUUUAUAACCUUUUUACACUUUUGACCUGUAUUAGAUUAGAAUUUCAUUAUGCAUUCCUUUUAGUUGAGGCGCUUCAUAGUUUUUCUGGAAAUAGCCAAAUUUUCUUAGUUUUUUAUUAUACAGUUGAAUGGCCGUUUUCCUGCUUCGUCUGCCUGCAUACUGUAUAUUUGUUUAAAAAUAUUCUCUAGUUUUAGCCCAUGUAAGUUUCAUUUAGAAAGAAAAACCCUGCAUUUAUAUUUUGUUUCUGUAAUAUUCUACUGUAGUUGAAAUCUUUUCAAAAAUCAAGAGACUGGCUAGAUAAGAAGAAUAUAAGAAUUACUAAUAUUCAGAAUAUUUUAAACCAUUGUGAUGGCAUGUACUCUGGACAGACGAUAUCUUGCAGUGGCACAAACAACUGAUGGACAAGGAAUACCUCAGACUAUACUGUGCAUGCAAAUCCUUAAAGGAGAAUUAGUUUGGUCACCUCUUAGGUUUGAUGCAAUUCAAUUACCGCUGCCUUCUGUUUCCUCCAGGAAUGAAGUAUUCUGCACAGUGGCUCAGUAUUUUAAGAUGUUUUGCAUGGGCUGAUGGUACCUCUGUUACACUGCUCUUCGUUACAAUCAGUUUUAAACCGUGUGACAGUGAGGGUACCUUCCAGUAACUAUGCAUAAUCCUGUGGUACAGAACACUCCCAUGCCACCCCCGCAGUCAGUCUGCUAUCAUAGUGGUUUUCUAUGCUAUAUGGAAAUAGUCUUCAAGCCUUGGUUCUCUAAUGCAGCUACUACAAGAGGUUGAUAUUUUUAUAAUGGUGUGUAAUCUCCUUUUCAGGAGGCUUUUUAUGGAAGGUAUAAUUUGUAAAAGUUAGGAUGCUUUGCCUCUCGACUGCAUUAACAUGCCAUAGGCUCAGACUGUUUUUGUGUAAAAGAUGUCACAGAACGGCACUUUUUCUAAAGAGAAGUUUGAUAUUUUGUAUGCUUGUUAAGAAAGUACAGUAUUGGAAAUUAAAGGUGGACAACUGAUAAUUGAGAAGUAUGUCAAUUAAUUUUUUAUGUAUAUUACCUGUUUACUUGUACAAUUUUAUUGUACAAAUUACAUGCAGCUUCAUUUUCAAAUGAGUCCUUAAAAUAAGGAAAAUCUUUUUAGGAAAACAUUUAAUUUUUGUAUUUUUGAUUUUAAAAGGCAUGAGUUAUGUCAACUUUUUCCAGUGUAUUAAUGAAGAUUUUAACUUUUCAUCAGGUUGAGUGUUUUCUUACUAUAUUAUCUGUUGUGUAUGUAGCUAGCACAUUGUGUCACUGAACUGUUUAAAAAUUUAGCAUGUAGAGCAAGCCUGUUUUGUGGAAAAUCCUUAUUCAUUAAAAAAAAACAAAAAAACAUCAUGGCAGAUUUUCUGCAAAAAAGUGAAAACAUUUGCAAUUCAGAAUACUGAUUUUUUUUGUAUUUAAAGAAAGGUAUUUUGCUUGCAGGAAAGAAAUACUACAGAUUCAUUUUAAUGAGAAUCUUUUAAAUGUAUUUAUCUUUAGGGCAUCUGGGCAUCUUUACGCUGUUUGUCUUAUGUCUUUAUUGAAAUAAAAUGUACAUAACAUUACCUUUAUAUAUGCUUUUGCGCAGACGUGUGAACCCUGUAACCAUCCCCGUUCCUUCCUGUUUUUAUGUUGAUAAGAUGGUUCUGGAAAUAUUUAUAGAUUUUGAAAAUGGUCAGCUUGUAUUUGAAUUGCUACAUGGUUUGCCAACAAUUUUUUAGUUGUUCGUUAAAAUGUAAAUCUAAAUCUGAGAUUUUUAAUUAGUUUAACAGUGAAUCCUUGUUUAAUGUGGAAUUCUUCCAAAUUUCUUAGAGUAAUUUACAUAAUAGGACUGCUUUAAAAUUCACUAGUCUACCAGAAUGAAACCGUUUUUGUUAAGUAGUUCAUAGCUUUUCUCUGACUGUAAAAAAUGAUUAUCAUCUGUUCAGAUAAUGUCCUUAAACAUGUGCGUCCUAUCUUUGGCUAAAACCAUUAUGGAAGUGCUUUCUUUAGUUGAGGAAACCAAAGCAUACAUUGCACUUUACAGCUGUAUCUGUGUUGUGAUUAUCAGAUCAGUGAGGGAAAUCAAAAUGUAAAUUGGAGGAUUUAGUUCUACAUAGAUGCACAACAACAAUAACAGAGACUGCUUAGUAAACAUAUUAAAUAUUAAUAUUUUAAUGUGCUGCAAGUCUGGUAUUUAUCAUUCUGAACUUUCUUUGCAGAAUGAGUCUACCUUCUUCAAAAUCUAAGUUCCUAAAAAUGUCAAACACUUCUGGCAUAAACAGUCUUUGCAAAGUUAUAUUCCAUAUUCCAUCAGGUUUUAUUCUCAUCUCCUUAUUCUCGAGGGUAAGGCUUAACUGUUUCUCCGACAUUAGUUUGGAUCAAAUUGUGCAUACCAAAAGUGACACUGAUAACCGGGGGAGUCUCAGCUAUGUUUAUUACUCGAGUCUUGAAUGUAGAACUGUGCUACUUAUGCAGUUAAUCUUAUAGCUGUAUCAUUUAUUCAGAUUUUAUGUAUGUUUUAAAAACACAACGUUCUAUUUCCAAGGUUUUCAAUGAUUUCAUUUGUGGUCUUUGGAUUGAUCAUGGCAAUUGUGUGUUAAUUGUACAUGUCCGUAUGUAUUCUGUUCCAGGUUUGAGCAUUCUUAGUUCUGACAGCAAAACAACAUUUCAUACUUAGACUGACAAUAUAUGUUCAAUCUCUUUUUUUUUUUUAUGUAUUUCCUUAAAUUGUUGUAUAGAUAGAAUAGCAUUCACCAUGGUGUUACUGGCUUCUUUUCCACCUUUGAUUCAUUGCACGUUCCAUCUCUGUAGGAAAAUAUUUUUAAAUUGUUAUUGAAAUGUAUCUGAAAGCCUGAAUGUGUCAAGAACUGAUCAAACAUCUCCCAAAGCUAGAGUUAUAGCAAGCGGAUGCAUGCUAAGGAGGCAUAUCUUCUUUAAACAAAGCAUUUAAAUGUGUUAUUAAAAAUAAUCAGAUAUGCAGGUGCUGUAUGAGAAUAGAAGGAGGUGCUGGCUGGAAUGCCCUGCGGAGGCAGCGAGCCUUGGGCAGCAGAACUGUUUGCUCUCACUCUCUGUUAGCAGCAGGCGUCCUUCUCAUGCCACAUCUCCCCUUUAGUUUUUCCUUCUGGUUCUGACUUGCAUAUAGCAUUGCAUAGCAAACCAUACCUUUUAUUCUGUGUCAAAAGCAACUUGCAUCAACUGCAUCCUGUUAGUACGUUAAAGUAGACGAUGAGGUGAUAACUUCACAAUUGAUGCUAAAACUAAGGAAAGCCCCCGGCUGUGGGGAGAUGCUUGUAGCACAGUGAAUUGUGGCUGCUGAACUCAGUGGGUGUCCCUUGCUGUCAUUCCUCUCUCUUAUGGCUGAGGACUGGAUCAGCACUGAGUACACCUAAAUUUGGGGAAUUAGAAAAGUUUUCUGUGCCUUCUUCAUCCCCUCCCCAUGCUGUGCUCCAUUAUGUUCCACCUGAAGGACCUGGGGAGCACACCUUUACAAAGCUAACAUUUCUGUGUAAAAUGAAUAUUUACAUAGUUGAGAUUAAUCUAGUACAGGUAGCUAAAUUAUAAGGUAAUGCAUUUCAGAAAGUCAAGGCCAGAAAGUAAACAUUCACAACGUAUUGCCAAUUAAAAAACCACCACACCGCACAACUCCACUUACUAGUAUGGUAUCAGCACAGUUUGACAAGUUUGUUCUAACAGGUACAAAGAGAAACUAAUCGCUAUUGUAUUAAGUCUUCCACUGUAAGCAGAAUUUCAAGUUAAAUAUUCAGUAUUUUUCUGGUGAAAGGACUUGUAUGGAUCUAUGUGGCAAAGCAGGCAGGUGGUACCUCUGAUCUGAUCUGCAGUCAUGCUGAUUCAAUCAGUCAGCUCCAUUAAGCUUCUCUAAACUCAUUAUCAAAGACUGAUACAAAGAUGAAAUAAAGAAAUCGUAGGCGCGUGGCACCUGGGCAGUACAAUGAGUGUCAGACAGCAGCACACGGCUCGUUGUUCAUGGCCUUCCCCUCCUGAGACGAGGUAAACGUCUUCCGAUUCGAGAGGACAAAUUCCUGUUUCUGGGAGAACUGAUCCAUCGAAGGUGUUUCAUUUCUGAGUCCCUAAAAAGGGACUUUAAAAUCCGCUCUGUGAACAGUAUGAAUUUGAAAUGUGAAGACUGAAAGGAAAGCCUAGAAUUACAGCAGCAGGGUGUAGUUCCACAGCAGCUUAGGCUGAGCUGGCUCUGGGAGGCUUUUCCCCCUUCCCUCUCUCCCCAGGUAACGUGUUACCCGCUUCCUUCUCCCUGCACGCAGCUGUGCAGGGAGCUGGUCCUGCUGCAAACAGCAUGCGUGAAUAACGAAGAUCAGUUAAAGCUGCUGUGGAGGUGGAAGUUAAAGGAAGGUUCUUGGGAAGACGCUUUUUCUGGAAAUAAAAUUGUCACAUUAAAGUCAUUCAGCUGAAGAACAAAGUUCUUAAGACGUUACAGAACUACUCUCAAAGAUUUGAUUCCACCAAAACCAUGUAAUUUCAGCUUUGCGUCAUAGAUUCUUGAUGCUUAAAUAAAAUCCUAAACAAGCUGAUAAAUGGCUGGUGAGAAGUAGCAUAGAUGCAUCAUUUUCUUAGUUAGUGUCAUAAUUUUGUAAAAAAAAAAUAAAAAUGUAAAAAAAAAAAAAAUGACAGCAACUUUUUUGUUUGGAAGCAAGCAAGGAUGACCUACUAAAGAUUAACUUGUAUAGAUUCUGUUAAGCACAUCACUAUUUUGGUUGUCUUGACUGUGUAAUGUAAUACUGUUUUGCUUUAUUUUUUUGAUACUUGCAAAAAUGUCAUUGUACUGAUAGGCUGAAUCUUGUAAAAUACAAUUGGAAGAGAACCAAUGUUCUACAAA